GCAAAGGUGAAGCAACGCGAAAAGCUUUGAGGUAUAGGUAGAUAGAGUUAGCAAUAGCUGGUACACAUUGUAUGCCAUUUCUCUGUAGCUGUAAAUGUUGACUUUAUGUUCGCAGAUAUUAAUACGUUAUAGUAUUUUAUUUGUUUUAACUAGCCACACUUACGAUUAUAGUAGGCACGAGACAGCUAGGAAUUUCUAUUGGCAGGUGAAGCGCACGUAAAGAAGUAAUAAUAUACACGCCUGUCUUCGAAGCGUCGCUGCAGAAAUGAACAGUGAAAACUUUUCCAUAUGCGAGAAGAUUGUGUCGUCUUCAUAUGUGCGUCAGGGUUCUCAAGCCCGGCGCAGUCAUGAGCAGCUAAUACGAUUACUGCUAGAUCAGGGAAAGUGUCCGGAGGAAGGAUGGAGUGAGAGCACUGUAGAGCUCUUUCUGAACGAGCUGGCAGUAAUGGACAGCAACAACUUCCUGGGAAACUGUGGCGUUGGGGAGAGGGAGGGGAGAGUGGCCUCCAGCCUAGUCGCCAGAAGGCAUUACAGGUUCAUUCAUGGAAUAGGCCGCUCAGGGGACAUUGCAGCAGUUCAGCCCAAGGCUGCAGGGUCCAGUCUUCUCAACAAGCUGACGAACUCAGUUGUUCUUGACAUUUUAAAAGUAGCCGGUGUGCGGAGCGUGUCCAGUUGUUUUGUGGUACCCAUGGCAACAGGAAUGAGCCUGACCCUGUGCUUCCUAACGCUGAGGCACAGGAGGCCCCAGGCACGCUACAUCAUCUGGCCUCGCAUUGACCAGAAGUCCUGCUUCAAAGCCAUGAUAACCGCAGGUUUUGAACCAGUGGUGAUUGAGAAUGUGCUGGAGGGUGAUGAGCUACGCACAGACCUUGAAGCAGUGGAGAAGAAGAUAGAGGAGCUGGGUGCAGAGAAUAUCCUGUGUGUCCACUCCACCACCUCCUGCUUCGCCCCCCGUGUUCCCGACAGGUUGGAAGAGUUGGCGAAGAUGUGUGCCAAACACGACAUUCCCCACAUAGUCAACAAUGCAUAUGGAGUCCAGUCCUCCAAGUGUAUGCAUCUCAUUCAACAGGGUGCGCGUGUUGGAAGGAUAGACGCCUUUGUUCAGAGUCUGGACAAAAACUUCAUGGUUCCAGUAGGUGGCGCCAUCAUUGCUGGUUUCAAUGAGUCCUUCAUCCAGGAAAUCAGUCGAAUGUACCCUGGUCGUGCCUCGGCCUCUCCCUCCCUGGACGUGCUCAUCACCCUCCUAACCCUGGGUGCAAGCGGCUACAAGAGGCUCCUGAAGGAACGCAAGGAGAUGUACACCCACCUGGCGCAGGAGCUGCAGAAGCUGGCCGAGGCUCAUGGAGAGAGGCUGCUGCACACGCCACAUAACCCCAUUUCCCUAGCCAUGUCCCUCAGUAGCCUCCAGUCCCAGAGUGUCAAAGCAGUGACACAGCUGGGCUCCAUGCUGUUCACCAGGCAGGUUUCCGGAGCCAGGGUAGUUCCGCUGGGUAACGAGCAGGUGGUGAGCGGGCAUACCUUCAAGGGCUUCAUGUCUCACUCGGAGGCGUACCCAUGCCCGUACCUAAAUGCCGCCUCUGCCAUCGGCAUCACCCAGGACGACGUAACACUGUGCAUCAAGAGACUGGACAAGUGCCUUAAGAGCAUGAGGAAGGAAGCUGGUCCAGAGCCCACUGCCGGUGAGAACGGCCCUGACGCCGAGUAAAAGCGUAAUUCCCAGGUCACAGUGUGCAUUCGUUUAUAUCCAGGCUUGGAUGUAGCUGGCCUCCUCUUGUUGGUAUGGCCAGGUAAAGCUUUCCCUAGUACGUCCUCCACUGAAGGCAACCUGACAGCUGAGAA